CAUCAGUUAGUAUAUAAACCCCAGGUCCAUCAAGAAGAGUUGUGUUUUUUCUGGAUCUUCAUCGACCCUUCACUGAUUCUCUAACCGCACAAUGGCAGACGAAGAAUUUCAGCAGGAGUUCUUGAACGCCCACAAUGCCUACAGAGCGCUGCACGGUGCACCACCACUGACUUAUAACAAGGAGUUGUGCGAUGAAGCCCAGAAAUGGGCUGAUACUUGUUUGAGGACACACACUCUGGGUCAUAGUGACACUGAAGAGGGAGAGAAUGUCUUCUAUAAAUCAGGCAGUCCACCUGUCAAAGUAACAGGAAAGGAUGCUGUGGAUGCAUGGUACAGUGAGAUUAAGGACUACAACUUUAAGAAACCAGGAUCUCAAUCUGGAACUGGACAUUUUACUCAGGUGGUUUGGAAAGAGUCCAAGGAACUGGGUCUGGGAAUGGCCACGGAUGGUAGAAUGGCCUUUGUGGUUGGUCAGUACCGCCCUCCUGGCAACUUCACCAACCCUGGGCAGUUUGAAGCAAAUGUCCUACCAAAAGAGUAAAAGCUUUGCCUUUGAAAGCCCCCAGACACAACAGCGGCAAAGACUGCUCCAAUGAAGGGACAUGUGUUCCAUGAAUGAAACUAUUGCACCUACUGCUGAUCCGAACAUUAAUUUGGUAAUAGUAAAAUAAAUUUUUGUAUAUGAAUACAGUGUAUUAUUUCAAAAAAAUGUACAUGUGCAACAACACAAAAGUAAUAAAGCUAUGUUUUUUUUAAUGUCUUGCAACAUAAACACUGUUACAAAAACUCA